GUAGUUGUGAGAGAGCAGCUCAACGUUAGCUUGUAGUUCUCUGCCUCGGCAGGCUAAAUUAGCAGGCUAACUGGCUCCCACAGCUGGAUAAAUCACCACUUUUUACCCACUAUCGUUCGAGAGGAGUCCAUCUUCUGGCGAGAUCAUGUCGGAUUUCUCGCUGGCAGAUGCCUUAGGAGAUGACAGCGCAAGCCAGGCAAAGAAAAUAGGCAACACUAACCCUUCUGCCCCUGCCGGCAACCCUCCACCUCCUGCAAACCCAGGAUGGCCUGGCUCAGCCCCGGGAGCUCCCACCCAGCCCUCCGCCCCCAGUGACUACGCUGGUGGAUCAUCUGGCCCAGGGGCUCCAGGGCAGUUCCCAUUUCACUCUGGUCCUGGAGCACCAGGGCAAUACCCAGGACCUCCUUCAGCACCUGGCGGGUUCCCCCCUGGUCCUGGGAUACCAGGACAGUAUCCUGCGCCAGGAGCUCCAGGGCAGUUCCCCUCCAGUCCUGGAGCUCCUGGGCAGUUCCCUGGCCAUUACCCACCUGAAGGAGCUCCUGGACAGCUACCAGGAGGCCCCGUCUCCUACCCAACCGGACCAUUUGCUUCUGGCCCUGGAGCUCCACCCGGGCCUUAUCCAAAUGUGCCUUACCCAGGAGGUCAGCCAGGAGGAGGCAAUGGGAUGUACGGACCAGGUGGUCCAGGUGCAUACCCCCCUCCAGCUGGUCCUGGCUCUUUCCCUGCUUUCCCUGCUGGAGGCUUUCCUCCAAUACCCCCUGGGUCAUGGGGACCACAUGCAGGUGGAGGCUUCCCUCCUGCUCCUAGCCCCUUUGCUCCAGGGCCCAUGGGUCCAUACGGUGGGCCUGCUGCUCCUGGAGGCAUGCUGAUGAUGCCGUAUGAUCUCCCACUUCAUGCUGGAAUUAUGCCACGACUUGUUAUCACAAUAGUUGGGGAGCCCGUUCCUGGUGCAGACAGAUUCCAUGUUGACUUCAUUAAAGGCCAUGAUGUCGUCUUUCACUUCAAUCCUCGAUUUCAUGAGCAGACUAUUGUCAGAAACUCCCAACUAGGCGGAUGUUGGGGGCCAGAGGAGCGAGAUGGAGGCUUCCCAUUUUGUCAGGGACGCCGUUUUGAGCUGAAGAUCCUCGUGGAGGAGGACUCGUUUAAAGUGGCGGUGGACGGCUCCCACCUGCUGGAGUACGAGCACAGAGUCGGCGGGCUGGAGGACGUGACCCUGCUGCGGGUGGUCGGCGACGUCGUCCUCCACAGCGUAGCCCCGAACAUGAUCUGAAUCUCAGAGCUUCUAAAGCACACGUGUACAGACAGGAGACCUAGGUGAAACUUUACCACUGUAUUCGAAAUCCCUUCAAGCACCUUGAUGGAGUUUUUGAGGCACGAAAGUCAGGAAGUGAAAUCUUUGCCCACAUGGAGCUUCUUCAUUAAUCACAGAACAGAUGGCAGACUAUAAUCCUUCUCUUUAUUUUUACUGGCUGACUACUCAUUUUAUAGCAACUCACAAUCGAGAAUAUUUUAUGACGUAACAGAAGUAGAGUAGUGAAUGAGAUAAAGUGCAUCUAAAACUAAGAAAAUACUAAUUUAUACCUAAUGAAACGAUUGUAGACCACAUGGAAAAAGUGUGACAUGUCCAGUUUUCCUCUAGUAUGCUGUAUUUUGUUUACAGUACAUGUUUAUUAUUCUCUCCUUUCUAUCAGAAUCUUGAUAAGCCUUUGUAAUGCAUGAGAGUGUGCUGCUGAAAGUCAACUUGAUCGCCUUUUCACUGUCUUAAUUUAGUGCUGGCCGACCCCCCCUCAAGAUUCACCGAGCUGAUAACAUACGAUAGGAUGAGGAUGAAGUUUCUUUGAAAACAUGUAUUUAUAUACUGACUUUGAGCUCCUCUGUUCUUCAGUAUUAAUUCUCCUGACUGAGCUCCAAGACUGAACUAUGAUUUCAUGUUGAAGUCUAAUCAUAAAAAGAGAGGCUCAAGUCGAUAAGCGGGAGGGGAUGGGGUUUCUGAUUUUGUUGCCAAAGAUAACAGUGGUACAGUAUUUUGAGAUGAUAUGCUCAUAAAUAAAGGGCAACAAACGAAUAAUGACUGAUAAAAGCUGUUUGUUUCAGAGUGAUGUACACUUCCCAUGAGCUGCCUGCCUGUAAACAAAAUAAAUGCUAGUUUCCCUGUUCA